GCUGCUCCCAUCAUGCUUUGCAGAAGGAAGCAGGAAGAAGGCAGGAUCAGUCAGUGAGCAGCAGAGUGGACGGCAGAAAAAACACAGACUGAUGGUGGAUGCAGAGGCACCAGUGAGGGAGGUAUGGCUGAUGCUGCCUCCUGUUUGCUCCUCUGCUCUUCUCUGGGAGCAGAGCUGAUCCUAUUACCCAUCUCCCCGCCUUCUGCCUCUCACCUUGCUGCCUCCUCUUCCUCUCUAAAACCAUGGAGGAGGUCACCAAGGUCACACCACCUCUCCUGGAGCGUCGGGUGCGCCAGCGAGAGCCCACAGUUUCAGUCCUCAAAUCCAAGCUGAAACAGGGAGUCAACUGCUCUGUGCCCAGAGUCCGAUCCACCCUGACCGGGUUCUUUCCAGUAGUGCGCUGGCUGCCUAAAUACAAGCUCCGAGAAUACAUCUGGGGCGAUGUGAUGUCCGGACUCAUUGUUGGUAUCAUCUUGGUACCCCAGGCCAUCGCCUACUGCCUGCUGGCAGGAGUGGAGCCCAUCUAUGGUUUAUACACCUCAUUUUACGCCAACAUCAUCUACUUCCUCAUGGGGACAUCCAGACAUGUCUCUGUGGGGAUCUUUAGCCUCAUGAGCCUCAUGGUUGGACAGGUGGUGGAUAAGCACAUGUUUAUGGCAGGUUUUGACCUCAAUGAGGACCCUAGCCCUGAUGUGUUUAAUGCCACACUGGGCAGUAACCUCACAGCUGGUAGUCUUCACAGUGUGGAGCUCAUGGGUCAGCAGUGUGGGAAGGAGUGUUACGCCAUCAGCAUUGCUGCGGCCCUGACAUUCCUGGCUGGCAUCUAUCAGGUCAUGAUGGCUGUGUUUCGGCUCGGCUUUGUGUCUGUAUACCUCUCGGCUCCCAUGCUCGAUGGUUUUGCCACAGGGGCCUCUUUCACCAUCCUCACCGUGCAGGCUAAAUACCUGUUGGGUCUAAAGAUCCCCCGUCACCAGGGCUACGGCACUGUUGUGGUCACCUGGUUCAACAUCUUUGCCAACAUUCAUAAGACCAACCUGUGUGACGUCAUCACUAGUGCCAUUUGUAUCUCCAUAUUAGUUGCAGGUAAAGAGAUUCAGGAGCGUUACAAGGAUCGUCUAAAGAUCCCUCUGCCGACUGAGCUGGUGGUUGUGGCAGGAGCUACGCUGGCCAGCCAUUUUGGGCAGCUCAAAAGCAAUUAUGACUCCAGUGUUUCCGGUCACAUCCCAACUGGGUUCAUUCCCCCCCAGGUGCCCAGCUUCAGUCUGAUGCCACAGUUGGCACUGGAUACCAUUCCUCUGGCUGUCAUUAGUUUUGCCUUCACGGUGUCGCUGUCCGAGAUGUUUGCCAAGAAAAAUGGCUACACGGUUCGUCCCAACCAGGAGAUGCUGGCCAUCGGCUUCUGUAACAUCAUUCCCUCCUUCUUCCACUGUUUCACAACCAGUGCAGCUUUGGCAAAAACCAUGGUGAAGGACUCAACGGGCUGCCAGACACAGAUCUCCAGUCUGAUCAGCGCCGUCGUCGUCCUUCUGGUCCUCCUCUUCUUUGCGCCUUUCUUUUACUCCCUCCAGAAGUGUGUUCUUGCCUGUAUCAUCAUUGUAAGCCUUCGGGGGGCCCUGAGGAAGUUCAAGGAUGUCCCAGCUAAGUGGCGUGCCAGCCGGAGCGAUGCCAUUGUUUGGCUGGUCGCCAUGUCAGCAACAGCCCUGAUUAGUGUUGAGGUGGGCCUUCUGGUCGGAAUAGUUUUUUCCAUGUCUUGCGUCAUCUUUAAGACUCAGAACCCAAAGGUCUCUCUCCUGGGCCGGGCCAAUGACACCGAUCUUUACGAGGACAUGGACGAGUACAAGAACCUUGUGCCACCACCUCGGGUUCAGAUCUUCCGCUUCCAGUCUCCUCUGUACUACGCUAACAAGGACUCAUUUCUCAGAUCCUUAUACAAGGCCGUUGGUGUUGAACCAUUCUUGGAGCUGACUAAGAGGAAAAAGGCAGAGAAGAAAGCCAAAGAGUUCUCCUCAAAGCCAAUGAAUGGGGAUAAAAAUGGAGAGGUCGUUAUUGGACUUGUACAAAGAGAACUGGAUUUCCACACAAUAGUUUUAGACUGCUCCGCCAUCCCAUUCAUAGACUCAACAGGCAUGGCCACAUUUAAAGGGCUGGUCAAGGAAUACAAAGAGAUUGGGGUGAGCGUGCUCUUUGCCAAUUGUAACACUUCAGUGAUCGAUACCCUGCAGAAAGCACAAUUCUUUGGGAAGAACGACAAAGACAUGAGCAGCCUGCUGUAUUAUACAGUUCAUGCUGCAGUUCUUCAUGCAAAUAGUACAUCUACAGUGGCAGAAAGCAGGUCAGAAGACUCUGCAGUGUAGAACAGCUGGAGGUAAAAGGAAUUUUUCAUUUUUUUAGGAAGCUUUGUCUGAGAAAACAUGGAGAUACCAAGAGGAUCCAAUUAGGAGGAGUAUCCUAUCAAGUACUAUUAGAUGCUUUGCAUAUUGGUCUGCCCAGUGAGGAUUCUUUCCAAGACUAAAAAAGCAAUUCCAUUGCUGGAAAGAGGGUAAUUUCAUAAAACUAGGCCAUAUGCAUAGAAAGGUGCCAUUUCUGGUUCCCCAUGAGGGAAGAAAACUGAGAAAAAGGGUGUCAUAUUUCCUAUUGCGAAAGGAUAAAUCCUACAACAACCAGGGUCCAAUGCACACAGUGCCUUCCAAGACCCCUCUCAGGCCACUCUCUUUUUAAGUACUUGGUUAGCUUUAGGCACCAAAACUACUUGGUUAAGGUUAGGAUCGGGAAAAGAUAAGGGUUUGGGGUAAAAUAAGUACUUUUGUACCUAACUCCUCAACACAGUUACGCAGGUGAUGUUAAACAUGAUGCAUUUAUGUCAAGAAUUACAUCACAAGUUAAUUUAAAACAACAACGUUGACUGUUCCAAAAGGGACACAAACAGGGUCAAAGUCCUGUGUUUGAUCCACCUUUUACGGACUUUCUACACCUUUAUACUAUGUUGCUUCACUUCCUUCUUUGCUGCUGUCAUAAUUAGGUUACCGACUAAUAACAAACCUCAAUAUGGAUUAUAAUAAACUGACUCCAGGCUCACAAUUACGUGGAUUAUCUACAAAUUUGAGUGCACUUAUUUUCGUAGGUACAACUACAAGCAGUGAAUGAGAAUUCUGUUACUCUAUCAAACGCAAUGCUUAUUGCAAUUAAAGCUGUUUUAAAUUUUUUAUAUGACUCCAAGCCUUUGGCCAAAGUCCCUAAUGGCUCCAAUCCAGGUGUCCAGAGUUCAGACAUGGAGAUUAAACUCCUGUCAGCGGUAUUUCCUGAGAUGACUAUUACAUUGGACCUCAGAAUCAUUUCUACAAGGCCUGUUAAACUCGUCCUGACUACAAAAAAAAGCACUUGUUAAUCACGGUAAUGCUUUAUAUGACUCACAAGGACUGAAACCAGGUCUCAUUAUAACAUACUUGUACUCUUGCCCUUUUCCCUGGUCACCCAACAAGGAAAGCUGUAUCUGUUCUAGAUCUGUUCUCGUAAAAAUAAAGGUGCUUCUGAACUGUAUAAUUAAACUGAAGGCAGCAGGUGAUGCCACAUAUUUUAACACAAUGUUUCGCUGCCUCUUGUCUAAUCAAAUGUUUUGUGACUUGUGACUAAGUUGUCCCAUAAUUAAAACCAAGUUUUUACUUUUUUUUCAUCCUGUUGCUGCCACAUGCACAACUAUAUAACAAAAAUAACAUUGUGUAACUUAUGUAUGUACUUCAAAAAUGAUCUAUUUUUACUGUUGCUAUUCCAUCAUGGUGUUGAUGAACUGCCGUUGUAAUUAAAUGGAGACAUUGUUUGUAAAUUUAGAUUCUCAUUUUGUAUUUUCAUAUACUUAUUUUGUCAUCAAACUUUUUUUCCAUGUAUUAAUUUAGCUUGAAACAUGAUAGUGAUAACAUAAUGUUUAGGGGAAGUCUAUUUGACUUUCAUUUUUCACAGUGUUGACAUUCAACACCAAUAUACAGUACAAACACUGCCUUAAUGUUCAAUACUUGAAUUAAACUGACUGAAAGUUUUUAGUGAA